AUGGGGUGUAUGUGCACCGCAUCAUCUAAGUCACGAGCAGAUGCAGGAUCUAUUGUAUACACACGACGAAGACCUGCAGCAGCAGCAGCACCAGCAGCAGAGGAGGUGGACGAACAGCAGCAGCAGCAGCAGCAGAACCAGCAGCAAAGGAGGUGGACGAACAGCAGCAGCAGCAGCAGCAGCACGAUGACAAUACUAGCUAUGCUACAAAAAGUGCAGCAGCCGCUGCUGUACCAAGAAAAGCAGCAGCAGCAGCAGCACCAGCAGCAGCAGAAGCAGCAGCAGCAGCACAUGUUGUAUACCUCUCAAGUCGACCCUCUUUUGGAUUUCCUCAUCUGCAGCAAACAGCAGCAACAACACAAAGCAGCAUCUCCCCAUGCCGCAGCAGCAGCAGCAGCAGCAGCACGUGCAGCAGCAACAGCAGCAACAGCAACAACUGCAGCAGCAGCAGGAGGAAUAGUAGAGGAUGUUUAG